UAAACAAAUAUUUACAUUAUUUCGGCUUAUUUAAAUUAAUAUACGCAUUGAAAAAGAUUUAAACCAUGAAUAACUUAACAAGAAACGCCACAAAGUUCUUUAAGAGUGUAAAUAUUGAUGCAAAAAAUUAUGUAACUCAAGAAGCUUCAUUCGAAGUAUUUCGACCAUUCAAGACUCAUCGCUUGAAUAGUGCGCCUUCAACAACAGUCAGUGUGAGCAGAGAUGAAGCAUUGGAUAUGUACCGUAAAAUGCAAGUUAUUCGUCGCAUUGAAACAAGUUCCGGAAAUUUGUAUAAAGAGAAAAUUAUUCGGGGUUUUUGCCAUUUAUAUUCUGGACAAGAAGCUGUUGCUGUUGGAAUGAAGUCAGUAAUGCGUCCACAAGAUAAUCUCAUCUCUGCUUAUCGUGUUCAUGGAUGGACAUACUUGAUGGGAGUUUCAGCACAAGGUGUUUUAUCGGAAUUAACAGGCAGAAGAGGUGGAUGUGCUCGUGGAAAGGGUGGUUCUAUGCACAUGUAUGCUCCAAACUUUUAUGGAGGCAACGGAAUUGUCGGUGCUCAGGUUCCAAUGGGUGCCGGCGUAGCCUUAGCUUGUCAAUACAAAGGCAAUGGAGGAGUUUGUUUCGCCCUCUAUGGUGAUGGUGCUUCAAAUCAAGGUCAAGUAUUUGAGGCUUACAAUAUGUCAUAUUUAUGGAAAUUGCCUUGCAUUUUUGUGUGUGAAAAUAAUGGAUAUGGAAUGGGAACUGCAUCUGAGAGAUCAUCGAGCAAUACAGAAUAUUAUACAAGAGGAGACGUACUUCCUGGAUUGUGGAUUGAUGGAAUGGAUGUUUUAGCUGUAAAAGAAGGCACACGAUUCGCAAUUGAUUAUGCUGUAAAUAACGGACCAAUUGUCGUUGAAACAGCAACUUAUCGUUAUUCUGGUCACAGUAUGUCAGAUCCAGGCACAAGUUAUCGUUCACGUGAGGAGGUCCAAGAAGUUCGUCAAAAACGUGAUCCAAUUUCAUCAUUCAGAGAGCGUAUGGUUCAAACUGGUUUAGCCACAGUUGAAGAAUUGAAGAAGAUCGAUGGUGAAGUUAAAAAGGAAGUAGAUGCAGCUGCCGAUAUUGCAAAAGCAGAACCAGAAAUUGAACUUUCAGAACUCUCGACCGAUAUUUACUCAAAGACUGCACAAGCUGAAAUCAGAGGAGUACGACCAGAUCAAAUGCUUAAACACUCAACCCUCGCUCGUGGUGUUAACAUGAAAUAA